GAGGGAAUGAAAAAGGGAUCCGAUUCUCUGUCUUCCUCUUCCCUUGCGUUAUCAUUUCGUGUCGGUGCACGCAAUCAUUCUCGGCGAUCCUUCUUCUCCAUCGAUCGGCGGAUUUCGAUUAGCUUUUGAGAGAGAUGAAGAUCACGGCUCUGUUGGUCCUCAAAUGCGAUCCCGGCGGCUCCGAUCCAGUGAUCCUGGCCAACGCCACCGACGUCAGCCAUUUCGGCUUCUUCCAGCGCUCCAGCGUCAAGGAGUUCAUCGUCUUCGUCGGCCGCACCGUCGCCAGGCGCACGCCCCCGGGCCAGCGCCAAUCCGUGCAGCACGAAGAGUACAAGGUGCACGCUUACAAUAGAAAUGGCCUUUGUGCAUUGGGAUUCAUGGACGAUCAUUAUCCAGUUCGAAGUGCAUUUUCUCUGCUGAAUCAGGUGCUGGAUGAGUAUCAUAAGAAUUUCGGUGAUUCAUGGAGGAGUGCAAACUCGGAUAGCACUCAAUCAUGGCCAUAUUUGAAUGAAGCUCUGAAUAAAUUUCAGGAUCCAGCUGAGGCUGAUAAAUUAUUGAAAAUUCAGAGGGAGUUGGACGAAACAAAAAUCAUUCUGCACAAAACAAUUGAUAGCGUGCUUGAACGAGGCGAGAAGCUGGACAGUUUGGUUGAGAAGAGUUCAGAUCUCAGUGCAUCAUCACAGUUGUUUUACAAACAAGCCAAGAAAACUAACCAGUGCUGCACAUUACUGUAACGGUUUGAGGAGACUGAAGAGAAUACCACGUAACUUGGUUCCGAUAGUGGUCGAUGCAUGUCUGUGUGGGGAAUGUAGAGCAUAUGGCACAGUGUAUUCCAUCAUGGUGAUAUACCUUCUUUCUGCUGCCUUGAUAAGUGCAAACGUAUGGUUCGUGGUUUUUGGUGUACUGAAUCUGUCUUAGAUAUGUAUAAAAGCUGUUUGGCAUCCAUUUGUGUUUGAUUUUCUUGUUAACUACUCAACUGAAACAAUGAUCUGUUGUGAUGAGCAGUCCAGCCGGUUCAUUUUUGAUCCUA